AUGGCUUUUGCCAGCUUCGCUGCAGUCAUCAGACCGCUGUUUUUGGUGCUGGUUCUAGCACUCAUCGUAGGGAGCUCACCCCAUAGGAGGGUAGCUCAUCCUCAACCCAGCAAGAACAGUGGCUCUGUGAGGCUUAGUGAAGAUUGCCUGAACCAAAAGAAUCUCAAGUUCCCUACCACGGUGAAAGUUGACAUUCGCAUCAGCAAUUCGGAUCAUGCCUUUAGGGUGGUCCAUGAUGUCAGGAACCGGUCUCUCUCUCCUUGGGAUUACAGGCUUGAUGAGGACCCCAACCGCUUCCCUCAGGUGAUCGCUGAUGCCAAGUGCCGCCUCUCCGGCUGUGUGAACCCACUGGGGCAGGAGGACCACAGCCUCAACUCCGUCCCCAUCCAACAGGAGAUCCUAGUCCUCCACCGGGAGCAGCAGGGCUGCCAGUACACCUACCGACUGGAGAAGAAAGUCAUCACUGUGGGCUGCACGUGUGUCGCUCCAGUCAUCCACCACCAGUCCUAG